GCGCAGUGUUCUGUUUUCCUUUACGCCGAGUUGUGUUUUGGAAAAUACAUGGAUGUGAAAACCUGUCAAACAUUUCAACUACAGGAUAUCGUUGGAGAAAAAUAUGUGCCAAUUCUCAAUUCUGAUGAUUCUAUUUGAGUGGUAGAAAUAUGUACCGUUGCUGUCUGCCAACUGCCGGCGGUGAUUUAUAUUCUCUGUAAGCCUAAAGCUAAGUUGCUAACCAAACCUGAGUGGCGAAGUGGACUGCUGACUUUGGUGUCCUAUUGCCGACAGCCAAUUUUCCUCCGGUAGUGAAAUGUGACAGCUUUAACUCAAGAUUUUCUUUUUAUCAAAAGUAUUCGUCAUGACGUCCAUAGAAUUCGACUUGGAUUCCUCUGGAGGGUUGAUGCCCAAAAUCCAAGCGUUGAUAGCACCACCUGAAAGUGAUGAAACAUCCAAACCUAACAAGAGAAAGGAAGGGUUAGACUUACACCCCUACUACAAAAGGCCUGGAAAAGGUCAUAAUCGUGAUUGCUGUGAUGCCUGCUGUGAAGGCGGUAACUUAAUUUGCUGUGAUAAGUGUCCUGCAUCUUUUCACCUUGGCUGCCACGAUCCACCUCUAGAAGAUGAGGAUAUUCCACUUGGUCAAUGGCUUUGUCACAAAUGCAGAGUGACAGCUGGCCUCCCUCCUUUGAAAGAAAUCCUACAAAAGGCAAGAGAAGUUGCUUCUUCUGAGGCCACAGAUGGACCUUCAAAAGAAGAAACAACAAGCGACACACCUAUUAGAGGCCGAUCUCGUACUUCAAGCACAGCUUCUCUGGAAUCCAACAAAUCUCGUGGCCGGGGGAGGACAGCAGUUACUGUCGCACAACCGGUUGGACCUGUUACACUUGCCACUGUUGCAGCUGGUCCAGAUAACCACAGUGCAUUAGAGACCCUUAUAGCAGCAGCAUCUUCUAUGAAUCCAACCCAGUUUGAUUUACCUCGAGAAAUGGUGCUUCCAAUAAAUUUCCCUGGCACAGAUAGAGCUCCAACUAGAGGGAAGAAAGCGUCUGCAUCAAAGAGAAGCAGAACUCAUGAACUAGAUAAUGGUCUAGUUCCUUUGCCUGCUAAAACAUGUUUUGAGUGCCGAAAGAGUUGCAAAAGAGCUCCUCUUUUAGCCUGUGAUUAUUGUCCACUUCUUUUUCAUUUGGAUUGUUUAGAUCCCCCUUUAACAUCACUUCCAUGUGGCAGGUGGAUGUGUCCUAAUCAUGUUGAGCAAGCUAUUGAUGAGAAACUUUUAACCUCACUCAGUGUGACUCAGAGAGUGGCUCUAUGGGACAAGUACACAGCUCCUAUUGACCAUGAUGCAGUCAAAACUGAAUUUCUGCAGAAGACAAGACGUCUUAAUCCUCCUUUCAGAUUUAAAGUUAAACUUGCCCCUCGAAAUAGAGCAAAGGUACCAAAUUCUGUUAAGGAAAUGUACAAAAACCGUCAACCACUCAUUCCAACAUUACGAGAAGUCCUGAGGGAAAACGAUGUUGGGAGUCGGUGGUUUGAUGGGAAUACAAAUAGUGAAAACAAUUCAAAUAUUUUUGAUCUGAAAGAAAGUUGUGUUAAAUCUGAUGGCGCUACAGAAACCGAACAGGAAGAGUGGCUUAGUGGAAUAGUUGCUUUGCAAACAAGUAUAGCCUGUCAUCUUGGCUCCAAAAGGCGGAAGAAAUCACCUGCAGUAGAUAUGAUUGACUCUCAAAACUCAAUAAAGUCAGAGGUGGAUGAAGGCCAAAGUUGGGAAGAUGAGAUUCAAAACCGAAACGUGUUAGAACACCCACCAUCUGAUGAUGAGUCAAAGAAACCUCUAUUAAAUCCUUUUUGUAAUGGGAUGCAAGAUCACCAUAAGAAUUCUUCUGCUGAUAUUGAGGAUGUUGAAGUUUUGAAGCAUAAUAGAAGCAUUGGUUAUAAUGGCUCUAUUCAAUUACCAGCCUCUCUUGCUUCCAAAGUUCAAAAUGGAGAUUCUGACACAAUGGCUGAAUUUGAUGAUGAUUCUCAAUCUAGUAGGAAGAUUGAUCCUUCAAGUUAUGUGAGAGGUGAGGAGAAGAAACAGCUUAAGAUGACUAUUUUUGAUCAAACUCAAGUCAAGGGACUAAGCAAGCACCUUGAGGACUCCUUAGACUCACUAGCACCUAGUACUGAUAUUGAUAAGCUAGACAGUCGUUUAAUACGUCUUUUAGCAUUUCAACGACUUCAACAGUUAACUCAAACCACAAGGUCCCUGCCAGAUAGUCUUGUUUCUUCAAAAUUUCCAACACCAGUCCAGAAACAAAAUACAUUUUGGCCCUCAGCAGAUUCUGGCUUGAAACCAAGAGCCCUCUUAACUCCCCUGAAUGGCUCUCAACCACCCAUGCCAAUUUACUACAGAGUCAUGGAAAUUGGUACCGGUGGUGAUAUGGAUAUUUGUCUCUCUUACUAUGGGCAUUGUAAUUAUGUGACAGCGAAACAUGCUGUCAUUAUAUGUGAUGAGGUGAACAGGCAUUAUGAACUAAUGAAUUACAGUGAACAUGGUACAACAGUGGACAAUGUGUUGUACUCAUGUGAUUUCUCUGAAAAGGUUCCUACUAAAGAACAGCAUCUGAGUCCUACAACCACUGUGCAGCACCAUGGUAGACGAAGUGGUGGAAACAGUGGUGCACCUAGUAGUGCAAGUUCCAUUGCUGAACCCACUGACACAGAGGUAGAAGUGCCUCCGCUAAUUCAAAAAAUCAGAGCUGUUGUAGACAAAAGAAGAGGAGUUGUAAGGGAAGAGGAUUGUCUCCCAGAGCCGUGCAAAAUGCCAGCAGAUAUUGGCAAGGAAGACAUUAAAUGCAGUUGCCGUUCUAGUAGUUCAAGCAUGAUUGGCGGCAGUGGUGCCGGCUGGGAAGGAACUGCGCUUCUUAAUCAUGGUUCAUUCAUUAAGUUUGGGUGCCUACAAUUCACUUUUAGUGUUUUGAACUUUGUUUCACCACCACCACAGGAUGCAAGUGGCCAAGAAAAUACUUGCUCUGGUGGAGAAACUGAUGGAAAAGGAUCAAUACCACACCGCAUUCUGAAGAGAGAAAGGGAUAGUACCAGCAGCUCAACACUGACAGUUUCCCCAUCACCCCCUCCAGAUAGGGCAGCCCUGGCAGCUAAACAUGCUCUUUCUUCUAGAGAGUCCAGAAACCAAGGACAAGAAUCAGAUGACGACGAUGAUGAUGAUGACGAUGAUGACGAUGACGAUGAUGACGAUGACAAUGACGAGGAAGAAGUUGUGAAAGACGAAGUAAAUGAAGUUUCGGACAGAGAUGAAAUGGAUGAAGAUAUGGAAGAAAACAUGAAUGGUAACAAUGAUGAAAGUGUUAUUCAGGAAUCUCCAGCAAAGCCGGAUAAUCAAGAAAUAUCUCAAUCAAACUGUGUCGUAAAUUUAAUUGCAGACAAAGAAGCCAGUGCUACUUGAAGUUUUUGAUCUGUUGUAUUUUUUCUUCAAGUGUGAAUGCAUGAUUUUGUUUCUGCUGUAUUGUCCCCCGUGUUUAAAUAGAAAAGUUGCCUGCUGGCAAAAUUUAUUUUGUACAUUUGAACAUAGAGAGGAAUGUAAAUAAUCCUCUCUUAAAAUGACGCUGCAGUCAUUAUGAUGUGCCUAUGUCCAGAUGUCACUGCCAAAUCAACUGUUUAUAGUGUGUAGAUACAUUUUGAUUAUUCCUGGUGCAACUUACUCUAUGGUUAUAAAAAAAAAUUGUGAUAUGCUGGUUAUUUAUACAUGUGUUGUUGGAAUCAAUUACCUGUACCAUAUCAAACAAGAAAAUUUGCUGAAUUAUUAUUCUGCAAUUUUGGGCUGGGCCCAAGGCUUGAAAUUAUAAUACUUCUUUGGCAUAAAAUCAUGGUUUGACUUGAUUUAAUCAAGUUUUCUUUUUCAUACUGAGACUAGUAAUCUGAAAUUUUCAAGCAUGCGGAAAUGAUAAAGUCAGUUAAUUUUAGACAAUAGUUUUCCUUGUGGUUUGUUACCUAUACCUAAAUUGAGCAGUUUGAUGCUGCUGCUGGUAGUUAAUAGUGUAUGUGUACAUACUUAAUUAUGUGGAGUAUGGGAUAUUAGUGGUGUUAUUCAGGCUGGCACCUACAAAAGUAUGGUUGGUUCAAGUAAAGAUAUAUUUUUGCGUCAAAUUUAUUUAUGUAUGUUUUAUUUCAUUAAAAGGAUGUGUAUAAUAAUUUAAGUAUUUAUGUUAAGUAGUUGCCCAUAUUUACUGAUAUUUAAAUCUUUGUUUUUCUGACUGUCAGAUCUUGAUGUAAACCUGCCCAGCCCUCUUGGUUGUGACAUAAACCCUGGAUUACACAUUGAGCAAUGUCAUUGGAGACAGUGCCACUAUCCAAACCCAUGAUACUUGAAAAUUAACUAGAAAGCCACUUUGUUUUUAUUAGUCUUGUACAGCUUUCAAGACCUUGCAAGAUGAAUUCCUUUAAUUUAUUCCUUAUGGUUUCUUCAACCAUGCUGUUACAAUUUUUGAUUCAGUUUUGCUGCGAUUCCUCAUGUGGAUUAAUGCAUUUGUUUUCCAGUAAGUUGUUACUUUUGAAGGAAGUCCUUCCUGAAUGAAACUUAGUAUUCUUGCCGGACUCUCUCUGAUCAAUGGUUUGAAAACUUUUUGUUUGUUACUUUCAAUAAACUCUUAAGUUGUCUCACUGUUGAUAACUAAUCCAACAAAUGUUAUAAAAGUCUAAAUGUUGUGACAACAUUGCCUAACUGAAGUAAAUGUUUGUGAAAUUUUAUGAAACAAGAAGACUGUUAUUCAUUCAUUCCACACAACAAGCUUUGUUUCUUGCUCAUUUUGAUCUGAAUGAGCUGGUACUGGCAUUAAUGUGUUCACUGGUAAUUAUUUGUAUAACUAAAAUAUUCACACGACCUCCUUUCUAAAGAUUUAUACCUCUAUCAAAUAUUUAAAUCGCAGUGUUACUGUCCAAAUAAUGUAGUUGUUGCUUCUGAAUAUGUGAUUAAAGCUGUGGUGUUUUAUAUGUUAAUACAAAUAAUACUGUUAGGUAUAAAAGCAA